UCGAAAACUCUCAAGCUUUUUAUCAUUUUCACUCAUCCGCUCUAUUAAUAAUAUUUAAAAUGGAGCGAUUCUCUCGUUCAAUUUCAAUCGUGGUUCUUCUUAUGUUAGUUCUUCUAACAACAGAGAUGGGACCUGUGGUAGCGGAUGGUGAUAAGAUAUGCGAGUCCCCAAGCAAUGCAUUCAAGGGGUUGUGCUUACGUGAUGACAAUUGUGAUAUUGUUUGCAAGACAGAGGGUUUUCCUAAUGGAGAUUGCAAAGGUUUCCUUCGCAAAUGCGUCUGCACUAAGCCUUGUUAAAUGAGCAAUCUAUUAAUAUUUCAUUAUACUUAAAAGAUUACCCUUGUUCCUCUUGUUAUGUGUGUGGGUGAGAGUUGAGAGAAUAGAAUAUCAACAACAUAUUUCCUACGAGGAAAUUUAUUAUUAUUGAAUAUAUCUAUAAUUUUCUUUUGUUGCAUAUGAAUG